AGAGGAUAUGACGUAGCGGUGCAUUGGACGUAAACAUGGAGGAGAGAGAGGCACUGAAAAGGCAGAUUGAACUUUUACAAGAUCUUAUCAAUAAGCAUAAGAGCGUCCAUGGAGAUGAACCAAUCACCGCAGCACAGCAGAGGCAACCUGAAGUUUCUACAGCAGCCAUAGGCAGAAGUUUCAGCACAUCUGUUUUCCAGCCUCAUAGCUCCAGUGGGAAGCCCUAUGCUCCUCAGAGCCGUGGAAGUUGGAAAAAAACAUACUCUCUGAGGAAUAAUGCCCCCCAGUCCUCUGGGCCACCUCCAUCAGGGGCCCCCUCCAAUCCCCUUCAUCCAUCAGCCUCCAAAUAUGGAGCUGGCAGCAUUCCUGCAACAACAUGCAGCAGAGAGAAUCAAACCAAUCUCACCAAAACUGUCACUUCAUUAUCAGGGAAUCUCACUCAGAAGAAAGAGGGAAUUGCUGGCAGGCUAAUGGGGGUGAGUGGAACAGCAACAGCACCUUCAAACACUUCUUCUGAAAAGCAAGGUUCAAGUUCAGGUGGAGCCAGUAUCCAUCAAAAUGCACCAAAGACUCAGGAAGGUCAUCAAAAGGCUGAAAACAGACUUGUCAUCCUGCCAGGAAAGAAAACAAGUGCUUCCUUUAAUGUUUCAUCUGUUGCUAAAACAAACACUUUAAUAAGUUCUCAGAAAAGGAUUCAGGUGCAGAACAAGCCUUCCCUGAGCAAUAAAGCCAGUCUAGAAACUUACAGGACUAAAAAUUUUCAAGGUAUACCAACUCAGUCCAGUGAUCCCACCAGACCGGCUCUACUUUCUCCCUCUAAGGAAUCAAAACUCUCAUCCCAAACCCCACAAGGACAGGUUAAUGCACCCUCAGUACAAAAAUCCAAAUUCACCUGGGUGAAGAGCCAGACUGUAGAGCUGGAGCCGAAAGCAGUAAGCUCUGUUUCUAUACCAAUAAAAAAAGUUACUACUUCUCAGGCAUCGGCCCUUAAAGCUUCAGUUGGGAGUCCGUUAUCAGGUGCAUUAAAUAAGAAAACGCCUAAAAAGUUUCCCAGGAAACUCAGUCCUGUCACCAUAGCACCUAAAACCUCGAAGUACAGAUGGGUUUCAUCCUCUGGAGUCCAACCCAAGACACAGCGCAAACCGUUGUCUCCCAAAGCCCUAACUGUUCCUCAGAAAGUCCUGGAGAGAAGAGAUGCUGCCAAGAAGCUUAAAUCAGCCUCCACCCCCCCUGCAAGACUGAAGAAGGGAAUCACAGCUUCAUCUGCCAGCUCAGCAGUUGUGAGCCGUUACCGUUGGAAGGCCGAAGGGUUAACAGCAGGGUCGCUGACAGGAACCGCAGCAGCCGGCAGCCAUAGAUCUGCCUUUCACUGGACGGCAGAGAAAAGCAACAAAGGGCUAAAGGUCGGACAUGUUUCUCCAACUUUAUCUCAAAGGGCUUACCUCCGCUCCUCCCCUGGUGGGUUCAAGCUCCGUAGCAGGAUGAAAAUCAUCAGGAAGUCUCCCUGCAGUGUCGGUUCAUCAGAGAGGGUGAGCAGUCUGGCUUCAGGAAAGCUUUCUCCACGUAGUCGCCUGCACACCAUCACCAGGAGCCCUGCAGGCCUUCGGAGGACACCUUCCAGGGAACUGGUCUGUUUUGGCAGACACAAGCUGAGGCGCCUCUCUCCCACUUCGUCAAAAAAUACUGUCUCUACAUCCCAUCUAAGCCCCGCCUCCAAGCGAGUGUUCAGGACACGCUACAAGAUAGUGACCCGUCCGGGUACCAGUGGUGUGCAGACUCCGCAGUACAACCCAGCGCUCACCUGGCGAGCAAGGAAGAUUCAGUCAGCAAGGACUUUCCUCCAAAACCGCCUCCGAGGUCCCCACGACAGGCACCAGGCAUCCGGGCGACGCUGGACUGGGCCCGAAAUGUGCUGGAUCCGAGGCUCUCUGUACCGGGUGUCUGCCAAUAAGCUUUCCCGAACAGUGGCGCCACACACAUCGAUUGACCGGAGAGGUACAGGAAAGUCCUCCAGUCCACACACGUCUCCUGCCCUGACCCGUCAUUUAGCCAGUCGUGCAGUCCAGCGAAGCAUUGCCAUCAUCAGACACGCUCGUCAGAAAAAGGACCAAAAGCAGUUCUGCAUGUAUUACAACCGCUUUGGCAAGUGCAACCGUGGCACAAGCUGUCCCUUCAUACAUGAUCCGGACAAAGUGGCUGUCUGCACCAGGUUUCUGAGAGGGACAUGCAAGCAGGCGGAUGGGACAUGCCCAUUCUCCCACAAGGUUGCCAAAGAGAAGAUGCCAGUGUGUUCAUACUUUUUGAAGGGAAUCUGUAACAACAGCGACUGUCCCUAUAGCCAUGUCUACGUGUCUCGUAAAGCUGAAGUGUGCGAAGACUUUGUCAAAGGCUACUGUCCCGAAGGAGAGAAGUGUAAGAAGAAACACACUCUAGUGUGUCCGGACUUCUCUAAGAACGGCUCCUGUCCACGAGGCUCUCGCUGUAAACUGCAGCACCGCCAGCGGCUCAAACGAAACGCAGGGAGCACCUCCGCCACUCCGAGCAAGAAAGUUCGCUCUAAGGAGCCAAUGCAGAGGCCUCAUCUCUCUGUUGUAAUGCCGCAGGACGUUCAGGCAGCUCCAGGAACACCCAUUGCAGGUCCUCUAGCUCUGCCAUCCUUCAUCUCUCUCUCCAGCUCACCAGAGGAAGCAGAUGCACCGCAUUCACCACUUAACAAUGCAACACAAGUCAAAGAGAGAAAGCUGCAGAUCAAACCUCGACUUGGAGACCAGAAAGACUGAAGCUGGAGAUGUCUUGCUGAUCUGAGAUUUUAUGAGUGCCAAUCCCUUUAACUCAGGGCCAGAAAGUUUUAUUUACUCUGUACACAGAUGUUUCCUAUAUUAUUGUCUCUUGUCUAAUUUUAAUUUUUUCCCUUCAGUGUAGCUUUGAAAUAAAGUGAAAUAAAAUAUGAA